GGUUCUCGGGCGGCUCUGACCGGGGAAGAGGAGUCGCAUGUGUCGUUUCGGCUGGCGGUAGUGGCAGGCGGGGAGGCGGCAGAGGCUGUGCGACCGCCUGGGUUUUGAAAUGGCUGCUGACAUUUCUGAAUCCGGUGGGCAUGAUUGCAAAGGAGACCCGAGGAGCAAUACCAAGUUAGAUGCAGAUUACCCACUUCGAGUCCUUUACUGCGGAGUCUGUUCAUUACCAACAGAGUACUAUGAAUAUAUGCCUGAUGUUGCUAAAUGUAGACAAUGGUUAGAGAAGAAUUUUCCAAAUGAGUUUGCAAAACUUACAGUAGAAAAUUCACCCAAACAAGAAGCUGGAAUUAGUGAGGGUCAAGGAACAGCAGGGGAAGAGGAAGAGAAGAAAAAACAAAAGAGAGGUGGAAGGGGUCAAAUAAAACAAAAAAAGAAGACUGUACCACAAAAGGUUACGAUAGCCAAAAUUCCCAGAGCAAAGAAAAAAUAUGUAACAAGAGUGUGUGGCCUUGCAACUUUUGAAAUUGAUCUUAAAGAAGCACAAAGGUUUUUUGCUCAGAAAUUCCCCUGUGGUGCCUCAGUAACAGGGGAGGAUGAAAUCAUCAUUCAGGGAGACUUUACAGAUGACAUAAUUGAUGUCAUUCAGGAAAAAUGGCCAGAAGUGGAUGAUGAUAGCAUUGAAGAUCAUGGAGAAGUGAAGAAGUGAUUUUGAAAAUUUGUUUGUAUUUAAAGAUCUGAACUGAUUGUUGAUAUGGCCAAAGGGAG